AUGAUGAGAGUGGGAGUGUUAGCGGCGGCAUUGCUUUGCUUUAAUGCCAUUGUGGGGAGGAUGGUUCUUGCUAGAAAUUUGGGAGUUGAGGAUGCCAAGUUCUUUUGGAGUGGUAAUAAUGGCGGCGGAUUUGGGGGAGGAGUCAGCGGUGGCGGUGGUGCUGGAGGCGGCGGCGGUGGGUUUGGUGUCGGGGGAGGAGUUAGCGGCGGAGUAGGCGGCAAGGGUUGGGGGAUUGGAGGUGGAAUAGGCGGUGGGUUUGGGAAAGGCGGCGGCGGAGGAGAAGGAGGCGGUGGUAUUGGAAGCGGAGAAAAUGGCGGUGGUAUUGGAAGCGGAGAUAAUGGCGGUGGGGUUAUAGGGGGUGAGGAUAAAGGUUAUGGUAAAAGUGGUGGAAUAGGCGGCGGAGUUGGGGGUGGAAUUGAUAAAGGUGGCAGUGUAGGAGGAGGUGUCGGCGGCGGCGCCGGAGCCGGGGGAGGGUUAGGAAAAGGCGGCGGCAUUGGUGGCGAGAUAGGUAAAGGCGGCGGGAUCGGCGGUGGAUUUGGGGGAGGAUUUGGAAAUGGCGGCGGCAUGUUGAGUGGCGGUGUAGGUGGAAGUGUAGGGUGGGGUAUACAUAAAGGCGGCGGCGGCGGCGGGAUUGGUGGUGGAUUUGGCGGAGGAAUCGGAGGGAGUAUUAGCAAAGGCGGCGGAGGUGGUGUUGGUGGAGGAGCUAGCGGAGGCAUUGGCGGCGGAGUUGGUGGAGGAUUUGGCGGUGGAAUGGGAGGCGGCGGUGGCGGUGGCGGUUGGCUCGGAGCUGAAGGUAGUAAUAAGUUUGGACAUCACUAA